AUGCUAUUACCAUUAACAAAGCUAAAACCGAGAGCGAAAGUUGCUGUUGUAGGAGGAGGCGUUUCAGGACUAUGUUUUACGUAUUUUUUAAGCAAGUUAAGACCAGAUGUUGAAAUCACACUGUUCGAAUCACAGAAUAGAACCGGGGGUUGGAUAUAUUCUUGUACUACAAAAGACAUGAGCGGGAAGCCAAUUAUGGUAGAGAAGGGACCCAGAACAUUGAGGGGCGUAUCAGACGGUACUGUUCUGAUUAUGGAUACCCUUAGAGACUUGGGCAAAGAAGCUGUUGUCCAAAGGAUUGAUAAAGGUUGUAUUGCAGACAGAAAGUUUCUGCUAGAUCCUAGUGAUAGACUGGUACAGGUUCCUGACUCCAUAUCGACAACAAUUAAAUUUCUUCUGAAUCCGUUGGGAAAAGGACUUAUUACAGGUAUGAUGGGAGAAUGGUUCAGGAAGAAAUCGCCACAUCCUGGCGAAGACGAAAGCGUUGAAUCCAUUUGUUAUAGAAGGUUUGGCAAUAACUACAUAUCAAACAAUAUGAUCAGUGCCUUACUAAGAGGUAUUUAUGGAGAUGAUGUUGCCCUACUAAGCGCGAAGAGGACGUUUAAGAAAAUAUAUUACAACGAACUUAAGCAUGGAUCGAAUACGCAAGCUAUGAUUGAUAAUAUACGUGAAAAGUCUAAAAGUAAAAAAACGAAGAGUCUUCAUCAGUCUCUAACCGGCUGUCUUAGCGAUUACUCAAAUGCGCUUGGAAAGGAUAAGUCAAAGUUAUUAGACUUAUCAAACACACUAAAGAAAUAUCCCAUGUUAGGCCUCGCUGGAGGUUUGGAAACAUUUCCCAAGAUAGUCAGAAAUGCUUUGAACGAGUUUAGCAACGUCAAAAUAAUUACUGGUAAUGCGGUGACGCAAAUAAUGGAGCGCCCUGCUAAUGAAACGACAAUCGGAUUGAGAGUGAAGUCUGGCGACAAAUACGAAGGAUUCGACCAUUUAAGGCUUACAAUAACACCACCAAACAUCGCUAAGUUGCUACCGAAGGAUAAGAAUCCAUUAUCCAAGUUGUUAGAUGAGAUCCAAUCAAACACAAUAAUUUUGGUUAAUUAUUAUUUGCCAAAUAAAGAUGUACUGGAUGCCGAUCUGCAUGGAUUUGGAUACUUGGUGCCCAAAUCUAAUAAGAAUCCAGGAAAACUGCUUGGUGUAAUUUUUGAUUCUGUUAUCGAAAGAAAUUUCAAACCACUUUUUGACAAGUUCUCUGCAAACCCGAACGCCCUCAAGAAAUACACAAAAGUGACUGCGAUGAUAGGCGGUUGCAUGCUGAACGAACAUGGUGUGCCUGUAGUACCAUCUAAGGAAGUAACCAUCAGUGCAGUCAAAGAUGCGCUGAACCAUCACCUCGGUAUCAGCAACAAGGACCUGGAAGCCGGUCAAUGGGAAUUCACUAUCGCUGAUAAAUGCCUACCAAGAUUUCAUGUAGGUUACGACGCAUGGCAAGAUAAGGCUGAAAGGAAGUUUCAAGAAACCUAUGGCCAAACAGUUUCACUGGGUGGAAUGGGGUUCUCUAGAAGUCCCGGUGUCCCCGACGUUAUUGUAGACGGCUUUAAAGACGCCUUACAACUCAGCAAAUAA